GGAUUUCUUGGCCUUGAAAAUUGCCACAACUCCCAUUACCUACAACUUACAUAAAACUAAAUAAAUGUCAACCCAGAAACUCACAGCUAAUCUCCCUACAUUCCUUCCGGCCACCGCAAAGGGUGGUCGGAGCCCUAGAGCGUUUUUUACCACUGCCAGGCCCCUUCAGUGCAAAAAGAAUGAAGAUGCGUCUGAAAGCGUAAAAGAAGCAGCGGAUUCAGUUAAAAAUGCCGCACAUUCUGUCUCUCACAACGUGAAAAAAAUGUCUGAUAAAGUAAGUGAAACAGCUGAUGUUGUAAAAGAGAAAGCAACAGAAGUGAUGUCAUUGGGAGCAGCUAAAGUUGCCACACAGAUUGUCAAGAAAAAACAAGAAAAGGAAAAGGAAAUGAAGAAGAAUAAAAAAUACGAUAAAUGAUUCUACAGUUUUUCUCACUUCAAAAUUCUGUUUGUGUUGCUUAUACUUUUCUUAAGCUAUGAACAUAUAUGGAAGGGUCGUAGUUAACACCCGACUAUUUGGCUCAA